AUGGAGCGAAGAGACAUUCCAAGACGACGACCGAUGCUUCAGCUAGACCAACCUAUUUCCUCUAUUAGAGUGAAAAAUAGAGCCGCCGAUGAAGCAAAGAAAUGUCAAGAAUCAAAAAAUGCACUACAAGAGCUUCUUGGUGAAUAUAGUGAGAGCGAAAACGAAGAGGAUGUCGAAGAUUCUCAGACAGAGUCCUCGCCCGCGGAAAAGGCAGAGACCGUUUUCUCAAGUUCGUCGCUUGACCUCCCGAUCCCACCGCCAACUCGCUCCCUUCCUACAUCCGAACAAUCGAUUGCAAUAGAUCAAUCCGAAGAUAGCAUCGAGGUCGCCUUAAAAAAUUUCAUGUCCGAGAUCAACGCCCUCCCCGUUACUUCCAUAAGUAAUGAUACCUCGAUGAUGAACGAUGAAUCUGGCACCGAUUUGAGAAGGCCCAAAGCGAAAAAAGACGACGAUCAAUCCUCGUCGCAAUCCUCACUUCCCGAUGGCGAGUGGCAGCAGUAUUGGAGUCAAGAUAAUAAUCGCUACUAUUAUUACAAUGGUAGGACCGGUGAAACUCGUUGGGAGAUUGAUGUGCCAAAAGGCGUUUCCGAUCCCGUUCUCGUCACCACCACUACCACCUAUACUGCGAUCCUAAAGGAAGGCGAUAACUUGAAAACGGCUUCCGGUGACAGUUUGGAUCCGACAUCCAACGUGACCUCAGCCCAGCAAGAUUUUAACAGAGAGGCGGAGAACCAAUCAUCAUCAUCAACUGGCAGAAGAAAUGAAUUCAGCAUCAUCGCCUCGUUAAUCGCUCCACCUUCUGAUUCGCCAUUACAUUUUCGUUCGCGAGAUGUUUACGGGCGACUGUCAGGCCUCAUUCCUCUGGCGACACACAUGAAGCUUGAAAGGCAUCAGAUCGAGUUUGCCACCAGAUUGUAUGACUGGCAAGUUGGAGCAUUGAACACUCAGUAUUUCGAAAAGACCAUCUUGGAAAGGUUGGAAGCGCUGCUUGUAAGUCUUGAGGAACAGAUUUCGCCUGCGGGUUGGUCGUGCAAAUGGAAUUCCGACGGUCAACAGCACAGUUGGAUACACCUGAAGACGAACCAGAUUUCGUUCACAUAUCCAAGCCCUGAUUUGACCACAAGCCUUGGUACGCUUCCGGUGAACACAGCGUUGGCACAUCAAACUUCUUACCCCCCUCUUCCACCCCUACCACCUCCACCCCCACUUCCGCAGCGAGUCGGAGACACCGACGGUUUGGAAGUGAGACCGGAUUCGUCAGACGAUGAUGGCUCGGGAUCCGUUACGGGUUCACAAACUUCAUCUUGGCAAGGUUCGGUCAGCGUAAAUGAGAAAAAACGAAAGAAAGAUAAGGAGGUCGCAAGUUCCGGAUUCAAAAAUAAAAAAAUGGCAACGCUCGUGGAAAAAUGGAAAGCCGCCGAAGAUUUUCUUGCCAACACUGAUUGGGAAGAGGUCAGAAGGCAACAGAACGGUAUUCAUUCUAAAGAUCCAGAGACAUGGAUCAAGGAACAGAUAGAAUCAGGGGAAGCCUCAAAUAAUCCAAAUUUUGAACCGAUAAAGGGAGACUGGCGGCAGAGAAUUAGAAACCGGAAACCAGAAAAAGGGGAAUGA